UAUUCACUUCUGAACGAAAACUUCAAAUGGAUCUUUGACACUUUCAUCCUGUCAAGUCAAUGUCCAAAGAAACGUGUGCGGUGCACUGUUGAGGUGAUGUUGCGAUGUUCAUUUUCUUAUAAAAUACUGUCUUGUAUUUUAUAAUGGACGAAAUAAUAGUCGGUACCUAUGAAGGCUUUUUGCUAGGAUAUUCACUUAGUUAUGAAGAUAAGAGAAGCAAAAUCAAACAAACCUUUGCGACACAUUCACAUACUGCUUCAGUGCGAUGUGUGUCCAUAGCUGGCAAAUUUUUAGCUUCUGGUGGCACUGAUGACAAAGUAGUGGUCAUUGAUAUGAAGUCCCGAAAAGAGCACACUGUCCUCAUGAACCACGAUGGUACUGUAAAUACUGCUGCUUUCACACACAAUGGGACACACCUCCUUACUGGGAGCGAUGAUGGAUCAAUUAUUGUGACGAGAACUGGCAAUUGGCAAAUUGAGAAAAUAUGGAAGAAAGCUCACCAAGGAUUUCCUGUUACUGAUAUAGCAGUACAUCCAUCUGACAAACUAGCUCUUAGUAUAGGAGGUGACAAGACACUAAGAACUUGGAACUUAGUAAAGGGGCGUCCUGCUUUCACCAUAAAUCUUUCCAGCAAGGGUGUAACUUUGCCUACUGAAAUUAAGUUUUCACCCACUGGUGACAGAUUCUCCCUAAUUCAUGAACAAAAUGUUGAUGUGUGGACAAUAAGUAAAGCUGGAAUUGAGAAACAAAUAAAAUGCACCACUAAACCAACAUCAGUACAAUGGGUAUCUGAUGAAAGGAUGUAUGUAGGGUUGGACAAUGGAAAUAUUAUAUCCUUUACUGUCUCUGAUACUCAAGCCCAAACUUACAAAGCCCACAAACAAAGAGUCAAGUGUCUUCAUUACAAUAAUGAUAUAUUAUAUUCAUUAUCCAGUUCAGGAGAAAUUAAAGUUUGGUCAGAGAUUGAAGCCAAAUUAAGUGAACUAAGCUCACAUAAUGCUGCUUGUAGAGCCACCUGCGUGACAUUGAACAGGCAAAGCUACCUUAUCAAGAAAGAAGAGAAAUCAGAUGAAGAACACUCUGAAGCAGAAGAGAAUAUUGAGCAGACAGAGGAAAAAGAUGACAGUGAUGUUUCUGAUGUGGAGGAACUUAAAGCUCCAUCACCACCAGCAAAGAGGAAACCAGGAGCCUUUGUAACUAUUAGUUAUGGAAAUGAUGAAGAUGAAAAAGAGGGAGGUGCCACACCUGAAAAGAAGUUUAAGAAAAAGAAAAGAAAUAAAAAUAAAAACAAGAAAAAUAAAGUAGUUGAAUAAUUAAUGUACUUUGUUUGUUAAUUGAAUUUACCAAUAAAAAUAUACAUAAUAAAGUUUGAGUAAUAAGUAUACUAAAAAUAAUUUAGAUGAAAGUUAAUGGCCAGGUUAAACUUUCUGAUGCCGAUCAAACACAAAAGCUGUCAUUUGGACGCCACAUCACUGAAGUGUCAAAACUGAAAUUGAACUUUAUGCAUAUGCACAGCAUAUGAUUAAUCUGUCUUUGGCAUUGGACCUACAGUGCUGAUUACGGAAGGUGGAGGUAAUCCACACUCCAUAGUGCUGAUAUAUCCGUCAUUGGCAUCCAAAAGUUUAAUAAGAGGUAGUAACCCUUGCAACAGCAAGAUCUCCUAAGGUCAUCAUGAGGGUAAUCCUGCAUACCCUUGUUGUACCCUUGUAGCUAAAGAUUAUUUUCGUCAGGUAGCUGGUGCAAGAGUUACAACAAGCAAAAAUAGAGAAAAAGAAAACACACAUUACCACUGCAGACUAUAUUUUCACCAUCAUUUUAGGAAAUGUACAUGAUGUUCACAUUGAUCAUAAUUGAUAGUAAAAAACAAUAUGAUGUA